AGAACACCAAAAAUGAGAACAUCGGAUGAGGAUGAAGUCUCGAACCCAGAGAUCCUGCAUAUAAUAAAACCAGUAGAGUGACCAUUUUUCACAGGCAUCGCCCAUAAGUAUGAUGAUAGAUACCCUGAAGAGAAAUUAGCUGAAUAUAUACCAGAAGAUGAAUACAAACAAGCUAUUGGAAGGAUUAAUGACAUCCUUCAUUCACAUUGGCCAUGCGAUACAGUUUAUUAUGGCUGAGGCUUCGUUCUGGGCUACAUGACAUGCGGCUUAGCAUGACUCCUCCCUUGGCAAUGCAUUAAGGGUGGCAAAUAAGCAGUUACUCCAAGCUAUUGAUUUUAUGAACAUUGAAAGGUUCCUACCUCAUGGCCUCUUUAUCGAAUACCACGAAUUCGGAUGUCACAGGUCAUGUUUCUACAUCCGUACGAAGACUGAAAGGGACAUGGAACAAUUAGAGAAGAAAGAUGAGCAAAUGACUUCUCUUGCUCUUCAGAAAAACAAGGAGAAUAAUGAAUAAAAUUUCAAUUUA